AUGUUAAGCAAAUAAUCAAUAAGUCUUUUAGGCAAACAAUAAAGAAGAGCUAUUCUUGGCAGAUCAAUCAAAUAAGUUGCUCUUAUUACUUAAUAGCAACAAUUUUUCCAUCUUCAAAGCAAGAUAACUCAAAAUUCAAUAAGAAAUCUACCUAUGGGAUAGAUGACAGCUAGACUUUUCUCAGAGAAGCAGGAUGAGAAUGCUCAAGAAAUUGUGAUUGAGGAGCCAGUUUAAGAGCCAGUAAUUAGCCAAAGUGAGAAGAAAGAGUUCAAAGCAGAGACUAGGAAAUUGUUAGAUAUUGUAGCUAGAAGUAUCUAUACAGAUAAAGAAGUCUUCAUCAGAGAAUUGAUGUCAAAUUCAUCUGAUGCCCUUGAGAAAUAGAGAUACGCAGAGAUUUCUGGAUCAGCUAAAUCAAAUGACUUAGGUGGUCUUCACAUUGAUAUCACUACAAAUGAAAAGGAGAGAACUUUGACAAUCUUUGACAGCGGUAUUGGUAUGUCAAGAAAAGAAAUCACUGAUAACUUGGGUACUAUUGCCAAGAGUGGCUCCUAAGAGUUUGUGAAGAGCCUUUAAAAUAGCCAAAAGGGAGAUACCUAGACUCUUGAAUCAAUUAUUGGUCAGUUUGGUGUUGGAUUCUACUCUACAUUCAUUGUUGCAGACACAGUUGAAGUUAUCUCAAAGAGAGAUUCAAAUGACUCUGGAGUUAGGUGGAUUUCGGAUGGUAGUGGAGAUUACGAAGUGGCCACUGCUACAAAUAUUGGUUUUGAAAGAGGAACUAAGAUUGUCAUGAAGCUGAAGCCAGAAAGCAGAGAAUUCAGUAAAGAGUCUGAAGUUGAAAAGGUUCUCAAGAAAUACUCCUUAUUCAUCACAUACCCAAUUAAGAUAAACGGUAAACUAGUAAACAACUUGCAAGCGAUCUGGUACAGAGACAAGAGAGACGUCACUGAAGACGAAUAUGAAAGAUUCUAUGAACACUUGGCUAACACUAAGAUUCCAUAUAAAUUCAAGUUACACUACAGCACUGAUGUGCCUCUUUCAAUCAAGGGCAUUAUUUAUAUUCCAUCGACUCAUAACGAGAAGAUGAGUAUGCAACAUGAGACUUCAAAUGUAAGUCUGUAUUGUAGAAAGGUGCUGAUAAAGGAUAAAUGCCAGGAAUUAUUGCCUUAGUAUUUGAGAUUUGUCAAGGGAGUCAUUGACUGUGAAGAUCUCCCACUUAAUAUUUCCAGAGAGACUUACCAAGACUCCAGCUUGAUGCUCAAACUUAGAAAUGUAUUGACUAGAAGAAUACUAAAGAUGAUUGAGGAUGAAAUGAAGAGAGAUCUGAAGACCUAUGAGAAAUGGUUCCAAGAUUUCUAGCAUUUCCUCAAGGAAGGUAUAAUGAUGGAUACUGAGCACUAAGAAUAAAUUCUUAAGCUCAUCAGAUAUCAUUCUAACUACUCUCAAGACACUAUUUCAAUUGAAGAUUAUCUCAAGCAAAUGAAGCCUAAGCAAUAAAAGAUCUACUAUAUUACUGGAGCAACAAAAGAGCAUGUACUCUAAAGUCCAUACUACGAGCCAUUUGCCAACUCAGACGUUCCAGUGAUUAUGCUAUUCAACCAAGCAGAUGAGAUUAUCUUUGCCUAGAAGUAAACCUACAAAGACAAGAUUCUAACCAAUAUCGAGUCCAGCUUUGAUGACAUUGAGUAAGAUGUACUUAGGGCUCAUUCUCCUUAAUAAGAAGAGACAGAUGCCCCAGCACUUCCAGAAGAAGACAUCACGCCUUUCACACUUUGGUUAAAAAAUGAGUUCCCUCUAAAGGUUUAAAAGGUAGCAAUUUCCAAGAGGCUACACAACUCACCAGCCGUUAUCUAUGGCUAGAUGUCUUCGUCAAUGAGAAUGAUUAUGCAAAUGAUGGAUUAAUCCCAAAGACAGCAGGUUUCUGGUGGAAUGGAUUAAAGCAACACUCUAGAAAUCAACAUCAAGCAUCCACUGAUUGUUAAGCUAAACCAACUUAGAAAGAAAGAUCCUAAGAGAGCUUAAAUCUAUGCACACACUUUCAUGGACACUGUCAUGCUUACUAGUGGAUUCCAAACUGAUCUCUAAUAAUCCAGUUCCAGAAGUACCAAAGCAUUAAAUGAAUUUUUAGUAGAGGUGACAAGAAAGCAUGGACACACUGAAUUAAACUGA